AUGGAUCCUAAUCACGACGCCAAGUUUCCGCUGCAUGAGGCCGCUCGAGAAGGCAGGACCCAAGUUGCAGAAUCUUUAUUAAGCGCAAAUCCUAAAGCUGCCCUCAUCAAGGACGAGGAUGACCGCUUGCCAAUCCACUGGGCGGUAGCUUAUAAUCACCUACCUAUCGUAGAGCUCUUGGUGGCGACCAAAAAUUUCGAUCCUGAUGUAGAGGAUGGUCUGGGAUGGACGCCACUCAUGAUCGCGGCCAGCCUCAAGGACGCCGCGGGUGAUCCAGUCAUUGAUCUCUUACUUCGCAAAGGCGCCGAUGUGACGAUGAAGAGCAAUAACGGACAAAAUGCUCUUCAUUUCGCCAGCUCUAAAUCCAACAUCGCCACUGUUCGCACUCUGUUAGCCCACAAGUGUAGCGCUCGAGUGAAAGACAUUCGCGGUCAAUUACCACUCCACCGAGCAGCAGCAGUGGGCUCUGUACCCAUUCUCAAGAUGCUUUUGGACGAGGGUAAGAGCCCAAUAAAUGCGACCGACAAUGAUGGCUUGACGGCCUUGCAUCACGCUAUCUCCGAGGGCCAUGGCGACGCAGCCAUACUUCUCUUGAAAUCUGGCGCAGAUGCAGAGAAACGUGACUCGGAAGGACACCUGGCGAUUGAUCUGGUUCCAGAUGAUAAGGUCAAGCAGUAUAUCUUGCGAACCGCAGAAAGAGAUGGUGUAGAACUUCCAUAG